AUGCAUGAAAUAAUUGAUAUCGUGACUACGGCGGAUCCGGAUAUGGAAGCGUCGUGUAGUGAAGACGUUAGUGGUGUUUUCUACGCACCUGGAACCGUGUUAUUGGAGAAUAUAGCUAGAAAAUCCCUCAACUUUGGGAUCACCGCAUUCUAUACCCUUCUGAUUUUUGGCCUAAUCGAUAUUGGUCCAGUAGUAUGGCAAGACUUUCAGAGCCUCCUGGGCAUAAGUUACCCUGAGCUAAACGAUCAAUACGCUGUCAAUUGCGCCUCCCUCGGUAUUGGUUCAAUUAUACUAAUCCCGUUGGGACUGAAAUUUGGCCGAAGACCUGUUUACAUUUUAACGGCAUUGAUUGUCUUCAUUACCGCAAUAUGGCAGGCCGUUCUACGGGAUUUCAGAAAUAUGGUAGCUGUACAAGUCUUUAAUGGAUUUGCAUGCGCCGUUGGCUGGACUUUGGUGCCUAUCACAAUCACAGACCUGUUUUUCGUCCAUCAACGAGGACGUGUUAACGCUAUAUACCAGCUCAUGCUAAAUGGAGGGACCUUCCUAGCUCCAGUUGCUGCUGGAUACAUCGCAGACGCACAAGGGUGGCCAUGGAUCUUCUGGUGGACUGCGAUCUUCCUGGCUGUGAAUCUAGUGCUAUUUGUAUUCUUUUUCGAGGAGUCUAAGUUCAAUCUUUCCAGCAUUUCCCAUGACAGCCCACACAGCCCUGGGAGUACAUAUGAUCAUGAGGAGUCGACUGAAAGGAUCAACCAUGCUAUUGCAGGGAAGACAUAUCGGGAACGCAUGGCAUUUCUCACCAGAACUCCCGGCGACCAAACUCGCACUCUCCUGGUCUGGUUUACUGUAAUCGCGACCACACAGUCGGAAUUCUUCGCACUUGAACCUUACAAUUUCGGCACCGCGGAAAUCGGCCUGUUGAACUUUUCACCGUUCAUCGGAGCAGUCUUCGGGUGCAUAUGGGGUGGUCCAAUCAGUGACUGGUCUAUCCAGCGGCUCUCCAGACGGAACAAUGGUGUCUACGAACCGGAAAUGCGCCUCUAUAUCGCCAUCUUACCGGCAUUGAUAGGGCCGGCAGGGUAUGCCAUGGAUCUGGCCGUGUCUUGGAUCCGGCCUCUAUGGCUUUAG